UUUCCAUAUAUAAAUAUAUAUAUAGUUUGUAAUCAUUCUUUUGUCAACGAACAAAGCGUAUUUAAUCCAAUCUCUUUGGAUUCGAUCGAAAGUCUUAUUCGUAACGCUUUUCUUUUGUUACCAUAAAUACGAAUGAAAAAAGGAAGCACGAGAGUCUAGCGCUUUGUAUUAUAAAGAAGUACGACGAGUCAUUCCAGUUUAAAAAUCGAAUUUCGAUAUUGAUAAAAAUAUUCGCUAUGCCAAAAUUAAAUAGAUCUUUGAUAACGUCCAUCGUGACUGACAUUCGCGAAUUCGCGUUUGUUGCAAACGACAUGUAUUCUUGGUUGGGACGAGGCGAGGAUCACGCAUCCUGGCGAUUUCCAUCCAAGUCAGCAAGAAACGUAAACGUUAUGGAAAUUGUAAAACGUCACAAAGGAACUGCAGGAGAGAUGUACAUCUUACUAUUGGAAUUGGCUUACGAUAGGUUUCUACAAUUUUCUUCACGAAUAGCAAAAAUAGCCAAAAAUUUGGCAACAGGCUUUUUCAAUCACCGGGAUACGAAUGUUCAACAGAAUUCACCUGGUGCUACGUCUCGUGCUGGAGUUCAUGGAUAAAUAUCCAUUCGUGGAAGAUUUCUUGAAGGAUAUGAAAAACGUCAAAAGACCACAUAACCUAACACUUUCCACAGCAAUACAUCUGCUUUGGACUCGUUUGAAAACAAUUCCAGAAUCGCUAUCACGCAACUUGACAAAAACCGAAGUCGAACCGAAGCACGGUAUGGCAUUUACAAAAAUGUCAAAAUCUACUCAAUCUUCAGGUUCCUUGGGGACUUGCGAAAGUUGCUCUAUGGCUGGCAGAACAAUUAUCGAACUGAUAAGAGGAAUGGAUUUGGUUUUACGUGAAAACGAAUUAAUUUCCACAGCCGCGGCCGAACGGGAACUCACGAAGCUCGAUUUGUUCGAGAAAACUCAGUGGUCCGUGAUGAGCAGAUUGAUGGCUGCGAUAAACCAGGACGCCAGGAUGAUUCUCGACUUGAUGCGAGAGACGAGCCUGAAGAGCGAAGCCACAAGGAGUGAAUUGGAAAAUCAAGUAAAGAAUCUGGAAGCUGAGUUGCUCUUAAGAAAAGUCGAGUCUAGUGCUUCGGAAUCGAGAAACGUGAAAACUGCAAGCCGUCUGAAGGACGUACUCCAAGAACUGGAGAAUCUAAGGAACGAGGGAUCACUUGCCAGAGAGAGGAACAUGGAAAUGUCAAAUUCAUGUAAAAUUGCCCAGACUCGAAUAUCACUUUUAGAAGAAUGCAACCGAAUCCUACAGUAUCAGACAGUCGCUGUGGCGGAAUGUAAACGCUCUGUUGAGAAAAGUUUGAAAGAGUGUCGGGAAGAGAAAGAAAACCUUGGCGUGUUGCUGCGGGUGUCGCACAAUGAAAAUAAUGCGGUGAGUCGAGCGUUUUAAACGCAUUGCUAGAAAUUAUAUAGAAAUGCUAGUUUUCAUCGCAAGGCCCGAGUACAUAACCUCCUUUAACUACGUAGUAAACUUUUGCUCUGAUUCUUUCCUAAAGUAAAAUUUUAAAAGCUUCGCUGAUCAUUAAAGACGAGAUAUUGUGGCCACUCAUAUUAACAUUCACGUAGGAUUAUAAUUAAUGAAAAUUUUUUAGAUCCCUAUUAAUUAUUACCCAUCUAAUUAUUAUUUGUCAGCUUACAAGAAUAUAACAUUAGGGCAGCUCAUUAUCGUAACGUCGGUGCGGUCAACAUCCGGUUAUAUUAGUCGGAUCAUUUAACAAUUAAUUAAAUACGCGAAAUAAUUAAUUCAUGGUACGUAUAUGUAUACAUAUAUGUAUACAGAGUGUGUCAGCUAAGAUGCACGUUAGCGGUUUGCUGUGAAAUGGUGCACGAUUUUGAAAAUCUGAUGUGAUGGCCGUUGUAUAUUUUUUUAUUGAGCAUCGAUUGCGUAUAUUAUUAUCGUUUGUUUAAUUUCCGUUCGCAAUUAAAAGAUUAUAUUAGCUAUUUUAUAUAAUAUGCAAAAAAAAGUUAAAUACAAAAGCUAUGGAGCAAGAAAAAAAAAUCUUAUAAUGUCCACUGGUUGUUGGUUUCGGAAAACUCAGGCAGAUGGCGCUGUCGAGCACCCGCAAUGUUUCCGGAAAAUUCAGCUAGAGGGCGUGGAACGAGAAUUCGAGAAAUUAUCUCCUACAAUUGCAUUUUCCUGGGGAGCAUUUUUGUUAGUUCAGAAAAUUUCACCAGAUGGCGCUGUUAUGCACUAAUUACAAAUAGUAGGGAAAGUAUCAACAGAGACGAGUAGGGAGAUGUACAACGCUACGGUUUUAGGCGAUACCAAAAACAUGGCGCUAAACCGUAGUAGAAAGUCCGGGACUAGAAUUUUGUUAGGUCAUUUAUUUUCAUCGCCUUCGUUGACAAAGCAUAUUCCGUCGCAGCCAAGGUAAACGAACGCGUUGCUUGGCGAGCAGAGAUUCUUCGCUACUCACAAUUGGUUUUCAAACCAACCCUUACAACGAAACCGGGAAACAUAGAACUUCUCAAGAAAUCCUGAAAAAGCCUAUUGUUGAAACAUUUUUAAGACAUUUUUAAGAAAGUGCAGUGCCAACUUGAUACCCGUGUAACACCUCCAUUUUUACUAAAUAUUAUUGGAUUUUGAUUUACUUUCAAAAUUUAUUCAAAAUAUAAAAUUGAAGCUAAAUCAAAAUCUCGCAGAAUAUACGGAGUAGAUAAAAAUUGAAUUGA